UUGAAUAGGGAUUAUGACGAGUACCGCAAAUCACAGGUGAGGGGACAACAGUGCCUACAACGACAACAACAUCGGAUCAGCAAACCAUAUUCAGUAGUCAAUAAGGAAACUUCACUUCCAUCAUCAUGUUCGACAUCACAAUCUCAUUCUGUUGACUACACACCAGCGACGUAUCAUCGUCGUCAUCACUCUCAUCAGUUUCCAAUCAGCCAUCCAACAAAUCCCAAUAAAACUCUAAUAAAUGGUACCGUUAUUGCCAAAAAAGAGCAUCCUACUGAAUCAUCAGCAUAUUGCGGGAGAUUAUCACCUUCAAAACGAUCAAAAUCAAUCGACUUUGAUGCUGCUAACUUUAAAACUGGCAUUGAUUCAUCACGCUCUCGUUCACUAAUAAACGUUGGUCGUCAAUUCCACCCGUCAUAUUCCCAGUUCACCCUACCAUCCGAAAGUUUUCACUCAAAGUUCCAUCCUUUUCACCGUUCACUUUGUUUGUCUCAACCUGCACAUGAAACAUCUGCAAUUCGACGUCAACAACGCUCAACCAUCGAGUUGGCUUCAUUCAACGGUGAAGAUUCUCGAAGAGAUUUAAAGCGAUUAGAAGAGUUAGACAAACUAAUUGAAGUCGAACGUCUCAAAAGAAAAUUAGCCAAAAUGUCGCUUCGACCACAUUAUCAGCAGUCAUCGUCAAGUCGUUCGCAGCGUUCUGCUGCCGAAACAAUUUCGAAUUGGUCAGUCGCUGAGCCAAGCGCAGGAAAUGCAAGUAACUUGCAACGACAGUCAAGACGACAGCUGGUCAGAUAUCCAACACUUUACGGGCUGCCACCAUCCGAAGUGCCAGAUGAUCGUUACAAGCCCGAUCGACCGAGCGUAGAGCGUUCCCUUUCAAUAGUAUCGAAUUAUUCGUGUGCAAAUGACGCAUCAGUUAAAUGUCAUUGCGGUGAUGAAAUCAAUUCAACAAGAAUGAGUGCUAACGGAACAAAUUUGUUUGCGUUGAGUACGGCCAAUAUAAGGUACAUUGAUGAUGACGAUGAUGUAUCAUCGAGAAACGCGUCGAUGUUUGCUAAAAGAGGUCGACCUAAUGACCAUUCCUCAUCAUCGAAUACAUACAGCUACCACACACCAUCACCGCUAAACUCAUCAAUCAAUUCGUUCGACUUUAUCGCAGCACCGUAUUCGUACUGUGGAACAGCCAUGUGUUCUCAACGAGAUGGUUCUGAUGGCAUGCAUUCAGUAAUUGAUCAGCCAGCAAUACCUACGGAUACGAAUGAUUUCAUGGAUAAUUUAAGAAAUACGUGUCUCCAUCAGAAUCAUAGUCAUCAAUCCCUAUUAGUUCCUAUCAACGAACAGUUCCAUUCACAUCCAACAAUGAGUGGUUCAACGCAAAAUGUUUAUCGAGCUGAUAAGAAAUACAAAGUCGAUGAAGGAUUCAGAGUGACGGCAUCAAGUCGUGGUCGUUUGAAUGCUCGGAUCAAUCGGAGCUUGAACAGAAAUCAUUAUUGCUGCGGUCGAUUUCAUCCUGAUAUUUCGACUGAGAAGAGGAUCAUCUCACGUUCUUGUGAUGGACUGAACAUGCAACAAUCGUCAACUGGAUGCUGUCAAUUCAGAUUCGAUCGUUUUCCAGCAAUGCUGCAUCGAUGCGAAACAGAAACAUUGAAUUCAAUUGAUGAGUGCUGUGCGAAUAGCCCGGAAUUCGGCUCGACUUCAUCAACCUCAAAUGCAAAACUUUCGCGGAUACAAAGUGCUUUUGAACGUGUUUUGAAACGUGCAACAUCCUCAAUCAGUAAUCAACCUUCACGUCUUACUGCACCAUAUUUAUCAAUGAAUAACCUGAUAAUCAACGAAAACGAUACUGGUUAG